AACCAAAAUACUAACAUUAGAAAAGAGAAAAAUAACAGAGAGAAGAAGAUGAAGCUAGACAUCAGAGUGGUCUCCCAGGAGACUAUCAAGCCAUCUUCUCCAACCCCAAACAGUCUCUUCAACUACAACCUCUCAUUCCUCGACCAGAUCUCUCCUCCAGUCUACAACCCUUUGAUCCUCUUCUACCCUAAACAAUUCAAUCAGGACUCCAAAUAUGACAACCCUUCAACCAUAUCCAAUCUCCUCAAACAAUCCCUAUCCAAGCUCCUGUCACACUACUACCCAAUAGCAGGGCGAAUCAGGGACAAUCUCGUCACGCACUGCAACGACGAGGGCAUUCCUUACCUUGAAGCACAAGUCAGCUGCAAGAUCUCAGAUGUUAUUCACGAAAACUCAUCAUCACAGCCAAAUGAGCUCCUCGGUUUGGUCCCAUUCCAGCUCCAUGGAGGACCUCACGACGUGCCAUUAGGUGUCCAAUUCAAUGUCUUCCAAUGUGGGGGGAUCGCUCUUGGACUGUGCAUGUCCCACAAACUUGCUGAUGCUUCAUCAACCAUCUCGUUCGUCAAAGCUUGGGCAGCCAUGGCAAAAGGAGAGGUCGAUGUUCAAGCUCCGGAAUUCGUGUCCUCGAAGCUCUUCCCGCCGAGGGACAUGUCAGGGUUUGACCCGAAAACCGGGAUCAUGACCACCAGUACCGAAGGUGGUCAUCAAGUCCUGGUUAAGAGGUUUGUCUUCAGGGGAGCUUCAAUUGAAGCCUUGAGAGCAAAGUAUGGAAAGAGCAGAAGCUUGGAGCACAAGAAACCCCCAUCGCGAAUCGAGACCUUGUCUGCCUUCAUAUGGAGGCGUGUCAUGACGGCCACUAGCAACAGAGGUCUGCUGCUGUUGCUCCAUGCGGUGAACCUUAGGACGAGGAUGGACCCCGCAUUGGCAGAGCACUCAUUCGGGAACUAUUACCGGGUUGCGAUCACAGUUCCAAAUGUGGGCGAUGGAGAAGCAGAAGAAGAAGAAGGUGGGGGUUUGAUUGCUGAGAUUAGAGAUGCAAUCAGUGGAAUUGACAAGGGUUUUGUGAAGAGCCUGCAAGGACAAGGGAGUGAUGAGCAUUUGGACUUCUUAAAGCAGCAAAGUGAGGGGUUUAUUGGAGGUGAGGUGGGGUUUCUGAGCUUUACUAGCCUGUGCUGGUUUGAUAGAUAUGAAGCUGACUUUGGUUGGGGGAAGCCUUUGUGGGUUGGGACACCCAGCUUGAGUUUCAAGAAUCUGGUUGUGUUCAUGGACUCUGCUCAUGGUGAUGGGAUAGAGGCAUUGGUGCACUUGGAAGAAGGAGAUAUGGGUAAGUUGCAAUGUGAUGAAGUUCUGCUUCAAUAUGUUAGUGUUAUUCCCUCUUCUUAACUAGUGGAAGUUAUUAGCUGCUUUGAUGGGUUGCUUUUGUUAAGAGUGCCUGGGCAUUUGUGUAUAUAAAAUAAAGGCACAAUCAUAGUCCCAAAGUGGAUGGUGUUAGACAAGAAAUAAUCCAUGUUGCUUUCUAUUUUGGGUUAACACAAGUAUUUUAAUGAUUUCUACUGAGAGUUUUCAUGGUUUUAGACUUCAAGAUCAUAUAGCUUCAUAAAUUAUCGGGCACACGAAGUUAUAUAAGGUGUGGAAAAUUUUAAUCCGACAUUCGUAACUUGAAGACUAGAUACUAAAUUCGCUUAUUUGUAAUCACUUUGUGACUUGUGUUUAUCCAAAUAAAUGUAAUGUUAAUAG